AUGGCUACCACCUCUCCAGUUAUUCUCAUCCUUGGCUCCGGCCCCAGAAUCGGACAACAUGUGGCAAAGGCCUUCUCCGCAAAGGGCUACAAGGUUGCCCUCGCAUCCAGAAGCCAAAAGAAAGAAGACAGCCAGACGGACCAACUCCACAUUGCAGCUGAUCUUUCGGAUCCCCACUCGGUGAAGGAUGUCUUUUCGAAUGUCGAGGAGAGGCUCGGUCUGCCAAGCGUGGUGGUCUACAAUGCUGCCGCUGCAAUCUUCAAUAGCCCAGAUGAUCCUCUGGCUGUCUCCUUGGAUGACUUUACUCGUAACUUCAGUAUCAACACGACCAGUGCGCUUGUCGCGGCACAGCAGGCGGCCUCGAGCUUUGCGAGACUUCCUAGCAAUAGCUCGAAGACAUUCAUCUACACUGGGAAUAUCCUGAACGAUACCCCCAUAGCAAACCUUUUUGAUGUCGGUGUAGGUAAAACGGCCACAGCCUACAUUAUCCGCGCCGCUGCUACUGCCUACUCUAUCAAGGGCUUCAAGUUCUAUUAUGCUGAUGAGAGGAAGGCCGAUGGGACCCCUGCCUACUCUGCCGUCGAUGGAGACGCCCACGGCGAUUUCUAUGCCGGACUUGCUGGGCACAAGACCCAAGGCCCGUGGCAACAGACUUUUGUCAAGGGAAUAGGAUACAAGCAGUUCCCAGAU